AUUCAACUCUCCUUGAAUUGGCGGUCAGUUUCGUCCAAGGGAGACUCUAGGGAGUGUCCGGUUGUCGUCGCAAUGGCGUCUUUUAGGACGCCUGUCCCUAUGUUCAGGAGCCUUGCUCCCCGCGUUGCGAAGGACUUCUUCACCUGUCGACAAUGCUUACAGAACCAACGCAAUGCGACGAACCCUUUCCGCGCACGCUUUUUCACAUCUCUUCCGCUCUCCAAUAGCAGCAGGGUCAAUUCGAUCCUCCCUGUAAAGAAGACCAAUAUCUUCGCAUCGUCACUGAGGCCCAAGCGACUGUCUACGGUAGCCGCCACGGUAGAGCAAAGUACUUCUUCCAAGGCUACAUCGAGCUUCCCGGACGUAAGCUCGAAGAGUGUGGCAUAUUGGCUCUUAGGAAGUGCCGUUAGCGUAUUCGGAAUUGUCGUGUUUGGUGGAUUGACCAGACUUACGGAAUCAGGACUGAGUAUCACAGAAUGGCGCCCCGUUACCGGAUCACUACCUCCUAUGAACGCUGAAGAUUGGGAAUCAGAGUUUAGCAAAUACCGUUCGUCACCUGAGUUCAAGCUUCUGAACCCGCACAUGACACUGGACGAGUUCAAGUCGAUUUACUACAUGGAAUGGAUACACCGUCUCUGGGGCAGAUUCGUCGGUCUGUCUUUUGUGCUCCCGGCUGCAUACUUUGUGGCAAAGAAAAAGGUUUCCAAGCCAAUGGCUCUGCGCCUGGCCGGAAUUGCUGGUUUGAUCGGUUUUCAGGGCUUCAUUGGAUGGUGGAUGGUGAAAUCUGGUUUGAAAGAUGACCUCUUCGCGCCAGGCAGUCAUCCCAGAGUCAGCCAAUACCGUCUGACUGCUCACCUUGCCGCUGCAUUUACCUGCUACGUCGCGAUGCUUUGGAACGGUCUUGCUAUUCUGAGGUCUCACAGGCUAUUGAAGGACCCGCAAGCUGGAAUUGAUACUCUCAAUGCUCUCCGCGACCCGAAGCUUGGCGUUUUCCGCAAAUCGGUUGCUGGACUGGCUCUUCUCGUCUUCACAACUGCCAUGUCUGGUGCUCUUGUUGCUGGUCUGGAUGCUGGUCUCAUCUACAACGAGUUCCCUUGGAUGGGCAAUGGCAUCACUCCUCCGAAGUCCGAGUUGUUUGAUGAGCACUAUUCGCGUCUCUCUGACAGGUCCGACCUGUGGUGGAGAAACAUGCUCGAGAACCCGUCGCUUGUCCAGCUUGAUCACCGUAUCCUCGCAAUGACCACCUUUUCUGCUGUUAUGGCGCUCUGGGCCUAUUCCAAGACGCCAGCUAUGAAACGAGUUCUUCCUCCAGCAGCCAGAAAGGGUGUCCACGGAGUUGUUGCCUUUGCUGUCAUGCAGGUCACUCUUGGAAUCUCGACGCUGCUCUAUCUCGUACCUACGCAUCUUGCUUCAGCACACCAGGCUGGUAGUUUGUUCCUUCUCAGCUGGGUAUUGGUCCUGGGCAGCCGCAUUUGGCAUCCGUCAAGGACUGCUCGACUUCUACAGAUGGCGGCCAAGGCUAGAAACCAGCAGCUGUCGAGAUCGGCUAUAAACGCUGCAAACAAGUCAUGAGCCGUCUUUCUUGAAUGUAUUAAUACACGAUUUGUUCCUCGUAUUGGAGGCAUUCCCCUUGGUGACACCUCUAUGUCCACCCUUGUACAAUCUCCUCUUUUGCUUUUUCUUGGCCUUAUGAAGUGUCGGAAGCGACGAUACACUCUUCGAAACAUGUAUAAUAGAUCUUCAACUCAGGUCCUCAACAUGAAGUGAUGUGUUCCUGCUGUCUCUAUGUGCCAAACUAUUUUUUCAAAGCAUCUGAAGCUUGGUGCUACGUUCUACAGAAUUCGUUCCAGCAGGGUGAGCAAACUGAACAGGAAAUAGAAUUUGAUCUGGAGAUGAACUAAUGCUUCACAUAUCUUCAGCUAAAAAGCAAACAAAUCCACACCUGUGAGAUGGCAGACAAAUCUUUUGAGCAGAG